AUGUCGUUCGAUGCUCAAGCUUAUCAUGAUCAUGCUGCUUCUCAAUCUAAUUUCAUGGCCUCUAAUACAUUGUGCAAGCAAAUCUCUUGGCAGCAUUCUGCUAAUGGUCUGAUUAUCGUGGACCGCGAUGAGCAAACCCCUUUCAUCGGAGUGGUGACCGGAAGAGUAUCAUCUUUCAAUCUCAAGUGUGGCACCAGUGGCAAUUAUCUCAAGAAAGGCGCCCUUGAGAAAGCCAAAUACCAGCUCCAUCUUGUCCGUCCGACUGACAAGAUCUUGGCUCAUGACUUUGACACUGUCAUCCGUAAUCUUGAGACUAUGCAGAAGGCAGCAGGGACAACAGGCGAUCACAGAAAUAUGGUGAUUCGUGACGUGACAGGCGAAAUGCUCCGUGUGGUGGCGAACGUAUUUGAGCCUAGGAAUGUUCGAAUUCCCGAUUCUCCUCAUGGCCGGCGUGUUCCUAAUGCUCCGUUGAUGGAUGAAGUCACUGACAAAUGGCCCAUCGCACCUGAUCAUGAGGAUGAUUUCAUUCGCAUCAAGUAUACUCAUGAGGCCGUUCCUCUUCCAGUGUUCCAAGACGGCAAAGCCAUUCAGCCAUUGGAGAUCAACCGCGCGUUAGAAGGAGCUUUGGUGGAGAUUUAUUUGUCGAUUCAUCACUGGCAUUUUUCAGGAUACGACAGCUUCCAAGCAAAAAUGGAGAAAGUGAUCAUCCUUCAUCCUACUGCCAGUAUCCCAGGUAAACAUCAUUUGCCCGAACCUAAGGAGGGCGAAGGUACAGAAGAAGAGCCGCCGCAUAAGAGAACUGAGAAAGCGGGUGAGGCAAGUGGUUCAAAUGUCUGA